CUGGCCGACCACGACCAGUUUGACCGUGGCACGGGUAGUACGACCCCUUCCUAUGUUUCCACCCCAGGUGAGCCCUCCUGCCCUACGGUCCUACCCCGGCGGCCAAGAUGAACGUGCGGCAGACGACGCACAUGAGUCAUGUCGGCGGUGGCGCCGGCGGGAUGCCGCCGCGGCAGCCGCAGAUGCGGUACGUGGCAGGCCUCGCCGCGGCGGCCGAUCCCGAGUUUGUCGCGCUGCGCGCCUUUAUCCGACGGGAGAUAUUCAAGUGUAUAGAAACGAGACCAGUGCCAGCUCACCGGCGGCGGCUGCUGCCAGUGAUUGCAAAGCAGAUGGAGUAUACCUUGUAUAGAAAAUACCCAAACAAGAUGGACUACGGCAAAAUGGCGAAAGGGCCAAUUAAGCCACUCAUUAUGUUUGUUGUGAGGACCUUGCAUGCCGAGAGCCAGCAACAUCGACAAAACCAACAAUGGUCAAGACAGAUAGCUUCUUCCACCCGUUAUGGGAUAAUGAUUCCGACACCUGGUAUCACACAAGGCGCAAGCGAAACUUCUACAACGUCUUAUCUAACAUACAACAUGGAUCCUUCAUCUGGUGCCGGCUUGGUUCCAGGGAGUGCCAAUAGUGGUACCUCGCUGCGAGGGGGAGCUCCUGAUGAGCAUGUGAACACAAUGUUGUCUCAGGGGAUACUCCCUACACAACAUGGUUGGUCUAGAGCGUCCAACAAUAACCUUGUAAUAAACACAGUAGACACACCUGAAACCAACAAACACUUGUUGACUCAGGCAUGCCCCGCACCUUCGAAGGAUCUCCCAAAGGAACCAAAGUUCAGCUGCCCAGUCUGCAUGAACGAGUUGGUCGAUGCGUCGUCGACUAUCUGCGGCCACAUCUUCUGUCAGAAGUGCAUCGAGGCCUCCAUCCAGGCUCAGAGCAAGUGCCCUACCUGCCGUAGGAUGCUGACCGUGAACAGUUUUCACCGUAUCUACCUCCCGACCAUGGACUGAAAUGAUCCAGCCAUUCGAGGUGUGGUGGACCAUCGACAUCUGAACCUUCUCCUCAUCGGCAUUUUGCUGAUUCUGUCUUAACUAUUCUUCACAUGGGUUAUAUCAUUAGCAUUCAGUUUUUGCCGAACAGUUUAACAAGUGCUUGAGUAGCAGUUAAUAAUCUGCAUCCUUGGUGGUAAUUGGUAAGGGUUUAAAGGAUACGUAUUGUGAACUUCAUCUGCAAAGAAAUAUCAGGGUAUAUGGUGGUGGCUGUGUGUAUCAUUUGAUGAGGCCGGGCGUUAUCCUCCUUUUCGAAAAAGGGUACAUGGUGGUGUUCACCCACUCUAGAAUAUGUGUUUGUGAAGUAAAGAAG